UGAGGGGAGGUGAGAGCUCUCGGAGUAUCCGACCAGCGCGUGUUGAGCAUGAUGUGUGUUUCAGGACUUGAACGCAGCAUCCUAAAAUAAAGUAACUCCUGGGUUCUUCUCACUUCACAAAAAGCCUCACUCAAAUCCCCAGACGACGCGAGGAAGAAGGGAAUAACAUCUGUUCAUCUGCAUUUUUCUAUGUUCAAAGAACAAGAGGAAAAAGAGAUCCGGAGAUCGACAGAGGACGAAAGACAUCUCAGAGGAUGCAGAAUUAGAAAGAACAAAUUGCGUCUGGCGGACCGAAGGGAUCUAGAACACACACCUUUUCUCUCAAAUCCACCAGCGUGGAGUCACCUCACCUGCACCUUCGGAUUAAAGAGCAGGGUCAUGUCCCAGUUGCCAUGCGCCUCGCCACGCUGACCUGCCUCCCCGGCCCUUCCCCCUUCCUCUUUCUAUUGGCCCAGCUGCUAGUGCGGCUCCUCCUCCCUGGGCCGGAGUUGGUGGGAGCCGCCUCCUCCUGCCCCUCCAUGUGCACCUGCUCCAACCAGGCCAGCCGAGUCAUCUGCACCAGGCAAAACCUGGAGGAUGUGCCGGAAAGCAUAUCCGUCAACACGCGAUACCUCAACCUGCAGGAGAACUCCAUGCAGGUUAUCAAGUCCGACACGUUCAAGCACUUGAGGCACCUUGAGAUCCUCCAGCUCUCCAAGAAUCACAUCCGUCAGAUUGAAGUCGGAGCAUUCAAUGGCCUCCCCAACCUCAACACGCUGGAGCUGUUCGACAACCGCCUCACACUGGUGCCAUCACAUGCCUUUGAGUACCUCAGCAAGCUGCGGGAGCUGUGGCUGCGCAACAACCCCAUCGAGACUCUGCCGGGCUACGCCUUCCACCGCGUGCCCUCGCUGCGUCGCCUGGACCUCGGUGAGCUCAAGAAGUUGGAUUUCAUCUCUGACGCAGCCUUCGUGGGCCUCAUUAAUCUACGCUACCUGAACCUGGGAAUGUGCGCGCUGAAGGACAUUCCCAAACUGACGCCGCUCGUGCGUUUGGAGGAGCUGGAACUGUCGGGGAACAAGCUGGAGAUCAUCCGCCCCGGAUCCUUCCAGGGCCUGGUGUCCCUCCGCAAGCUGUGGCUGAUGCACUCGCAGGUGGCCGUCAUCGAGCGCAACGCCUUCGAUGACCUGAAAAGCCUGGAGGAGCUCAACCUGUCGCACAACUCCCUGCACUCCUUGCCCCACGAUCUCUUCACACCCCUUCACCAGCUGGAGAGAGUACACCUCAAUCACAACCCAUGGGUCUGCAACUGUGAUGUGCUGUGGCUGAGUUGGUGGCUGAAAGAGACGGUGCCCAGCAACACCACCUGCUGUGCCCGCUGCCACGCCCCUCCGUUCUUAAAGGGCAAGUACAUUGGAGAGCUUGACCAGAGCCACUUCACCUGCUACGCGCCAGUCAUCGUGGAGCCGCCUACGGACCUUAAUGUGACCGAGGGUAUGGCUGCGGAGCUCAAAUGUCGCACAAGCACCUCCACGACGUCGGUGAACUGGAUCACCCCCAAUGGCACGCUGAUGACCCACGGCUCCUACAAGGUGCGGAUAUCCGUCCUGCACGACGGCACCCUCAACUUCACCAAUGUCACCCUGCGCGAUACGGGCCAGUACACCUGCAUGGUCACCAAUGCUGCCGGCAACACCACAGCGACUGCUGUCCUUAACGUCACCGCGGCCGAUUCCAGUGUCAACUACACCUACUUCACAACAGUCACUGUGGAAACAGUGGAGACCCCCGGAGAAGAAGAGUCUGCGUUGGUAGCCAUCAAUGAGACUUUCAUACGUGUUCACCCUGGGCCCACGCCGUCGGGUCACCUGUGGCCGGAAGGUGUUCCGACCACAGCCUCCUCCUUGUUAGUCGGCUGGGCCUCCUCCUCUCCUCGGGCCACCCGACCUACGUUCACUGUGCCCAUCACGGAGCCGGGCUUCUCGGGCCUGGAUGAUGUGAUGAAGACCACCAAGAUCAUCAUAGGCUGCUUCGUCGCCAUCACAUUCAUGGCAGCGGUGAUGCUGGUGGUGUUCUACAAGUUGAGGAAGCAGCACCAGCUGCAUAAACACCACGGCCCUGCUCGUGCCAUCGAGAUCAUCAAUGUGGAGGAUGAGCUGGGGGCGGGGGCCACUGGUCGGGGCAGCGGCAUCUCAGGAGGCUCCACAGUGACGCAGAGCGGAAGCAGUGGACUGGGAGGGGGCCAGAGCCUCAGGCUGCACCACCCAGAGAUAGUCAACCUGCCAAACCUGGCCCGAUCGGAGCACCUCAACCACUACUACAAAACCCAUCACUUCAACAACAACAUGAUGAGCCUGGGCAUGGGAGCCGGCUCUGGCGUGGGCCUCAACAACAACAACAACCCCUCGCUUUGCUCUCAGUCUCAGAACACGUCCAUGUCCUGUUCCCAGGUUCCAACCAGUGGAGGAAUGGCCACAGGUGGCACCCUGCCCCAGUUGGGUCUCCACAGUUCUCUGAAAGGCCUUAUGGGGAAAAGCCAGAAAGAGCCCCUGCUUUUUAAGAGCAGCUCCAAGGAAAAUGUGCAAGAGACUCAAAUUUGAGUCAAGGUGAGAGUGAAAGUAAGAGGUAAGAAAGAAGAGAUUGCUGGUGGAGAUUGAGUGGGACAGAGCCUGUGAGACCGGGCGCAUGAGACUGAUUGUAGCCCACUGUCCUCAUGGACAGAUUCCAGAGGAGAUUAUAUUCACAGAGACACUGGUGUGUGUCGUCAAUGUGUUGACAGGAAGAAGCAGAUACGAAGACUGAAGGAGGCAGAGUUUGAUAUCUGAUCAGCAGAUGUCCCACCAACCGCAUCCAAACAUCAUUUAAAACAGACUCAGACACAAACAUAUAGGAUGUAAACCACCAACACCAGAACCAUGCAGGUUACUGUGCAGAUAGUCUUUGCCAAAGUGAAGAUCAAGCCAACUCUUUUCAAGUGGAAAGCUCGGAAAUGAGCGAUGAGCAUCUCUAGGUUUUCUACUGAUCGCUUCGUAUAUUUCUAGACACUUUCAGUGUAUAUAUUUGGAGGGAGACACAUUAAUGUCCAUUGAACAUGUUGUCAGAUUAGUGUUUGGCACUAAGCAGCAAACAAUGGUUUGGGUCAGCGGUCCGGUCCCAGGUUUCCAGGAAGCUCUAAAACAAAACAGAGAAAGCUAAAUUAGAGCCGUGCAGCGAUUCUGUCCGAGACUCACGCGUCAGACUAAUAUUUCGCAGGGAGACAGAACAACAACAACAACAACAACAAAAUUCUUCGAGCGGCUUCACUCUCACUUUCUCACUUGUUUCCCCCUUUUACACCUUACUGUCUUCUUUGAAGGAGUAGAGAAACCGAGUGGUUAUCAUGGGAGAAGAACAAUCCCGUGGCUAAUAUAAAGGACAAUGAGAAUUAUAAGAACCGAAAGUCCAUAUUAUAUACAACGUAAAUAUAUUUUCAUUCAAAGAAAUAAAUUAUAAAGAAUCUUUAUCAGGCGUCUGACUGAAAACUACAACGUUUGAAGAACAUAUAUAUAUAUAUAUAUAUAUAAAUAUAUAUAUAUAUAAAAAUAAAAAAAGAAGCUGUUGAAGUGGCCCUCCCUAACAACUUACCAAACUUGGAACAAGAUGGCGGCUCUGACUGCUGCGUGAGGACACGAGUCGGACAGUGGCGUCUGUUGAGAGGGAGCUCAAACAAAAAACCUGGCAAAGUGUUUGAGUGAAUUAAUUUUGGUCUUGACUGUUUUUGUAGCCACACAAAGUGUUUCCCCUCUCCUGUCACAUUCACAUGAACAGGGUCUUUGGAGGAGGGAGAUCUCUACCGCAAAAAUAUGAAAUACGACGACAACUCCUCAUCAUUUGGUAUUCAGUUUAGCUAUAGCAUUAAUAAUCAUAAUCAUAAUGGUAAUAAUGAUAACAAGCGUUAGCUUUUAUUUGGCAUUAUGGUAAUUUGUUGAUGGACACAUUUAAUGACCAACAUAUGUUACACUAUUUUACUAUAAAGUAGCACAUGCUAAUUCAGCAUGCUCUCUGAAAAAAACACAUUUGGUUUUAACAUAUAAUGUUUCACAAUAAUGAUAUGACACACAAUUGUUAGAAUGUUAUCAUUAUUAUCAUCCAUAUGACUAUUAUUAUUACUACUACUUGUGCCUACAAAUAGCUGAAAAGUACAGUUUCUUUCAUUUGUAUAUGCCACUGAAGUAGUUUUGUGACUGAUCCUGUUGGACUGAUGAACGGCGGUGGGACGGACUCAGCGUGCCACGAGAUGAACUCCACACGCAUUAGCAGGAAAUAACCUGGCCCUCAAAAUGGCUUCUCAGUCCAGCCCCUCACUGACUGGUGUGCUCUGAUGUCUCAAGCAGCCAGGACCCCUCAUGUGAUCACGCAUUAAAGACAGGACAUGGACCUUUGAUGAAGACUGCUCCUUUGCAGGGGAUUAUUUCACAACUGUGUCUCAGUGUUAUCGUGUAUGAGUGGAUUUCAUGGCAGCGGGGAGCUAAAUGGACGACAGGCAUUGCCGAGCAUUUUUAAAGGUAAGCGAAGCUCGUUGGUGAAACAGAAGGUGGCAUACAGUGCAGUAUAUAGUGGUGGGUGGAUUUUUUUUCUAAAGAAAACGGACAAUUAAAUGAAAACAUAUAGAACCUUAUAGAUCUCUUUUGAAGAAAAAAAAAUUACGAUGAGUGUUUUUUAUUUUUUAUUUUUAUCUAGUUUGAUUAUUUCUUUUUUUUCCUUCUUUUUUUUAAUCAAGUGAUAUCUUUAUUGUAAUAUUGUUAUUGUUAUUAUAAUUAGCUAAUUACACUGGUUAUAAUUAUGAGAGAUGUUCUGUUAGCAGAGGUCACUUUGAAAAUUAAAAAAACCUGGCACAUAAAAUGGCAGUUGAAGUCUGUGAAACAU